GGGGAAGAGGCACCCAAAACCACAAACCCAAGCCGCCAUGGUAUAGGGAGAUCGGAGCCGGGCUAUGGGCAGCCUGACUCCAGAGCCAUGGCGGGCUCCUCUGGUCCUGGGCGCGCAGCUGCUGAUUUGGAGCGCCUCCGGAGGUCAAUGGCUGCCCGGCGUCGUCAUCGAGGCCUCCGAGUCUCGCGUGAAGGCAUAGCACCCCCGACACGCGCCCUUGGUCUGUGCAGCCUUGUGGAGUACGUCUCAAACGGCGAGCGCUGCGACAAGACCGUUUUGCGGGACUCCCCGCUUUUGCGGGUCGAGGCCAAGACUCCGGCGAUCACGCCGGUGGCUUCCCCCUUGGUGCUACCACGGCUUCCGGGCCCUCCAGCUCCGGGCCCGGGCGCUGGGCCAAGGCCGUGUUCCAUUCGUGCGCCACAGCCAGUCUUUCAGCCGCAGCCAGGGAUGGUGCAAAUGCCGGGCCUGCGCCUCUCGGACCUGCAAAUGGGCGAGCUUCUGGGCGCUGGCGGCUUUGGUGCCGUGCACCGGGGCUGGCUGCGGGGCUUUCCCAAAGAGGUGGCCAUCAAGAAGCUGCAUCUCGUGGCCGGUGGCGCGGUGACCCAGGAGAACUUGGCAGAGUUUCACAAGGAAGCCGCCAACCUGCAAGCGUUGAGGCACGAGCGCCUCAUCCAGCUGAUCGGCAUCGCCGUCCAGCCGCCCUUUCUGUGCAUCGUCACUGAGUUGGCGCCGGGCGGCUCGUUGCACGACCUGCUGCAUGUAAAGCACGCCAUUCUCGCGGAGGCGCAGAAGAAGAAGGUCAUCCUGCAAAUGACCGAGGGGGUCGUGUUUCUACAUGGUCGACGGCCGCCGUUUGUGCAUCGCGACCUGAAGAGCGCCAACGUCGUGUUGGACUUGGAGCUGAACGUGAAGCUCUGCGACCUCGGCAUCACCGAGUGCAUGGAGAGGACCCACAUCAGUCGGCGAGAGGCGGAAGCGGGCUCUCCUAGGUACAUGGCUCCUGAGCUCUUCGAUGGCCGGGGGAAGCUCACUGAGAAGCUGGACAUUUGGGCCCUGGGCUGCCUGGCAGUGGAGGUGCUCACCAGUCGCAACCCUCACGAGGAGUGUAUCAACAUCCAGCAGGUGGCCACAAAGCUGUUGGUCCGAAUGCAGCUGCCCUUCCAGGAGGAUUGGGCGAAUGCCUAUCAUCCGGAGGUGGGGCAGAUGUUGGGGCCCUGCUUCGCUUGGAACCCCCCAGAUCGGCCCUCGGCCGCCCAGAUCUACGAGGUGUGGUCACGCUUGCCAAAGCUCACACCGUGACGGGCAGAACACAAUCUGUGGCGCGGUGCGCAAGUUCAGAUACACCAAAGCUGCUUGAAACUCAACU